CAGAAUAAGUGAUUUUGUUGACAUUAAUUAAAACGUGCAAUAUUAUAUUACGACAGUUGGUAAAGAAAUGAAUAACAGUAAAUAUGGAUAUGAUUGCAUGCUGAGGAAAUAGCCUACAGACCUGGACGUCAACUAAGAUAAGCUGCUGGCUUCUUUACAAAAUAUAAAUCUUUUAUGGUGAUCAGCAUCAGUGAAAAACAUUUCUCAUAAAAAAUGACAUGCACUUUGGAGAAAAUUUUGGGAGAUGCCCGAACUCUGCUGGAGCGUCUGAAGGAGCAUGACACAGCUGCAGAGUGUCUGAUUGACCAGUCAAGUAUUUUGAACCAGCGCAUUGAAAGCAUGAGGGAAGUGGGGGCUACAGUGCUGGAGAAGCAACAGGAGGAUAGUGCUGAGUUUAAGGACCUAUUAAAGUACAAACCUCACAUCCUCCUCACACAGGAAAACUCGCAGAUUAAAGAGCUGCAGCAGGAGAACAGAGAGCUGUGGCUAUCACUGGAAGAGCAUCAGUAUGCUUUGGAGUUGAUUAUGGGAAAAUAUCGGAAACAAAUACUGAAUCUAAUGAUGGCCAAGAAGCAGCUUGAUGCAAAACCUGUUCUUCAAAUCCACGAGGACCACUCAAAGGCUGUCCAGUCACAGGUGGACCGCAUUUGUGAGAUGGGAGAGGUGAUGAGGCAGUCGGCACAAGCUGAUGAUCAGAGAUUCUGCAGUGUUCAAGAAAGACUUGCACAACUUGAGGUUGAAAAUAAACAACUCCGGGAGCUUUUCCUGAUCAGCAAAGGAUUUACAAAACAGAAAAAGGACGGACAGUAUGAAAACAUUAUCCUUUCCCCAAAAUAACACCAACCUGUGAGCAAAAACAAAAGUUGGUCUGAAUUUGUUGUGCUCAUAGCAGAGUAAAUUGGUACAAAUGGCGUAAGUGUGUACUUAGUUCAGACAGUGGAUUUUUCUAUGUAAUCAGAAAAGAAGAGAAUGACUUUAUCCAAAUGUAUGGCAAAGAUCAGACUCCGCCAUCCUGUGAAGGAGGUCAUUGUUAUUUGAAUAUAACAUAAUUACCUCGCUAUAAAGAAAUGUUGAACUAUGAUAAUUAGGAUUGGUCUCAGUCCCUCCAUUUUAGACAUCUCUAACACAUUAAUGUUUGCUUUCCCAUUUACAAUUCCUGCUUUUUAGUCACAGUAGAAGUACUAAGGGACUGUAGUAAUCAGAUAUAUGGAUUUCCUUUUUAACCAUGGUCUCUAGGUAUCCUUUGGCUUUUACCUGCACUUGGAUGACAACCCUACUCAAGGUAUGUUUCAUCUGAGUUUGUUUUAGUGCUAAAAGUAGACCACUAAUCAGAUAUAUCCAGUCCCCAGCGUCCUUAAACUCAUGAGAAAUGGCCUUGAGAAUUUCAGAACAGGCUGAAAAAAUUCACUACAGGAACCUAGCUUUGAACUAAUGACCAAUCCUUUCUUCUUUACUGCAAUAACCACUAUCAAAGGUGGGAAAUUGUGUAGCAGAUCAGGUAUUUGUUAAGACAUAAUGUGCUUUCAAAUAUGAAAUGUGUCAUCCUGAUAAGUUCUUAUGCAAUAAAUACAUUUUUGGAUAUA